AUGUCACAAUCUGCUUUAAGAUAUAAAAAUGAUGCUAAACGUGGUAUUAAAUAUACUUUAAUGAUUACUGGUGCUUCAGGUACAGGUAAAACUACAUUUAUAAAUUCAUUAUUAGAUACAAAUUUAUUACCUCAUAGAUAUCAACCAAUUGGUUCUUCAAUAGAUGAACCUACUUUACUUUCAUAUAUUGGUGAUUUUAAUUAUCAUUCAAGAGAAUUUAAUCCUUUAAAAGAAUAUAAUGAAUCAACAAUUGCAAUAACUUCAAGUAAAAUUGAAAUUUUGGAUGAUGAUGGAUCUAAAAUCUUAUUAAAUGUUAUUGAUACCCCUGGAUUUGGUGAUAAUACUGAUAAUGAAGUUUGUUAUACAGAAAUUGUAUCAUAUUUAGAACAACAAUUUGAUCAUGUUCUUGCUGAGGAAACUAGAAUAAGAAGAGAUCCAAAAUUUGAAGAUACAAGAGUUCAUAUAUGUCUUUAUUUCUUAGAACCUACAGGUCAUGGAUUAAGAGAAAUUGAUGUUGAAUGUAUUAAAAAAAUGUCAAAAUUUGUUAAUGUCUUACCAGUUAUAAGUAAAAGUGAUUCAUUUACUCAAACUGAAUUACAAGGUUUUAAAAAAAAUAUCUUGUAUGAUAUUAAAAAAUUUAAUGUUCCAAUAUUUGAAUUUAAUUACGAUGAAGAUGAAGAUGAUUUAGAAACAAUUGAAGAAAAUAAAUUAUUAAGAUCUUUACAACCUUUUGCUAUAAUGGGUUCAAAGGAAAAAUAUGAAAUUGAUGGCCAGUUAAAAUUUGCAAGAAAAUAUCCUUGGGGUAUAAUUGAUAUUGAAGAAAGUUCAGAUUUUAUAAAAUUGAAAAAUGUAUUAUUUGGUUCUCAUUUACAAGAUUUUAAAGAUUUAACAACAAAUUUCCUUUAUGAAAAUUAUAGAUCAGAAAAAUUAUCUUCAGUUACUGAAAAAGAAGAAGAAAAAUUUAAUGGUGAUGUAUCUACAGCAUUUGAUGUUAAUAAUCCUUCAUUAUCUAACUUGGCAGCAUUAACAUUAGAUGAUAAACAUAAAGAUAUUGAUUUAGAUAAUAAUUCUGAUAAAGAAUCAAUUAGAACUCCAUCAAUGAAAUCAACUGGAUCAUUUUCCAACGGUCCAAGACCUGAUGUUAAAACUUCUCCAUAUAAAGAAGUUCGUGAUUCUAUUAAAAAUGAAAAUGAAUCAAUAAUAUCUUCAAUUAAAAAUUCACCAAGAAUGCCAUAUUCACCAGAACCAAGUAGAAAUCAAUUAAGAACAAUAAGUGAAACAGUUCCAUAUGUCUUGAAACAUGAACGUAUUAUAUCAAGACAAGCUAAAUUACAAGAAUUAGAAGAAAGAUCUGCAAGAGAAUUAGCAAUUAGAGCUGCAGCAUUAGAAAAAAAAGCUGCAGAAUUGAAAAGAAGAGAAAGAAUGCUUAAAGGUGGUGGAUUUGGUAUUAAUAUUAAAAAGGAAAGUACAUCAACUGAUUUAUCUUCAAUUAUAAAUCAAUCACCAUAA